AUGGCGAUGGAGCACACAGCCACGGUCGCGUGGUUCCCGGACGCAACGGCGGAGUCCCUGCCUCCGAUGAUGCUUGAGACUGAUCCACGGCUUUCGUGUCAGCAUCUUGAAGACACCUCGGCUUCCAUCGUCGCAAAUUGCAGCCAAUGCCCUGUAUACAAAUACAGCAACACCUUGGCAUACAAGCCAGUUUGCAGGAAGCGAGAGACGAAGCUCAUGGUGGUUGCCAGCGAGCUCACCCUCCAAGUCGUCAGCAAGGUCGGGGUGGUUGAUGACAUGAGUGCGCAGUGGUAUCAGAAGGGUGCAUUGAUGGAGCUGGGGUACCCCAUUGACGUGACCAGAAUUCUCCCAGCUGAACGCGUAUCGAUCGCGAAGCAUAUGAUGAUACUGGUGACGGCUUUGCAUCGCAAGGGAAUCUUGCACGGCAAUAUCAAACCGGAGAGGUUCGUCAAACAGCCCGGAAGUGAUGAUUUGAAGAUAGUAGACUUCUCUUCAGCGCGGAUGAGAGACGAUAGCGACCUGAACACGUGGCCUGGAGAGACACCAACAGUUGAAUACACCUCGCCGAACCGAUCUCCUGAAGGCGAGGCUUCGACGCCAUUCGACGACUACUACGCCCUAGCCGUCUCGAUAUGGGCCGUGUUUUCUGGGGAGCGCCCCAUGGUCGGUCUGUUCAACUCCAAUGAGGGACACACCCCCGACAUCAGCAAGAUCACCGACGACGAGCUCUUCUGCAGUGUGGUGGACGUGCUGGAAGAGGGAGGCCUUCAGUUGGAUACCCCGGUGACCCUGGCUCGGCGCAACUCCAUGAGCAUCGAUCCCAGUAACCGCAGCGUUUCGUUCCCACUGAGCCUGUUCGGCCCGGACCCCGACGACCUGGACGACCACAAUGGCGUCAAAUCGAAACCUCGGUUUUGCCCACACUGCUUUGAGAUAGCAAUGUCGAAUGCCGAUAAAAUCACGAGCAAGGCACCCGAGCCUGCUACCGACUACCCAGAGUUCUGCCACUUGCGGAAACCCACACACGACGUCGGGGCUGCAAGCGACUACGCCUUGCAGUGGCUCGAGGGCCAAGAGAUGGCAGAAGAGGCAGAAUCCCCACCAUACCUCGAGAACCCUCCACGCCUAGAUUCCGGCGAGGGCCAUCUCAGGACCAGAUCACCCCCGCGGAACUCGAGUCUGCGGGUGAACACGAACACCAACCAAGAAGUCGAAAGGCCGCUUUGGUCGGGGGUGAGCGCCGCCACGAUCACGGCUGCUGAUCAGCCCUCCGGGCGAGAUCGUUCCAACACGGUGCGCAGCACUUUUGCGGGACGAGAUCGGUCUGGUACAGUGCGUGGUCCCUUUCCCGUUGCGCCAUCGGCGUCAGACGAAGGGUAUGAGUCGCUGGGAUGGGCAAGCAGCGGGGCAAACGAGCUCCAGCCCAAGCAGCGGCCGCGAGGUCUGAGCUUCCAGAGGACUAUGAGCGCCUGGUCAGAAUCUUCUGUGGGCUCAACAGCCGACGACGACGGCGAAUCGAGGGGGAAUGGAGGGACCGAAGAGACACAAUCAAACUGCUCAUCACCGCCGCUCACACCGAUGCCACUCAAUCUCAAGCGGCUGCAGGUCACGUCCAGCUUCGAGAGUGUGACUCUGUCUGAGGCGGAGGCGGUCGAAACGGAGGGGCCCAAUGAGUCCGGCCAUAAUAUGUAG